AUGGGCUCUAAGUACCCACCGUCUGUGCGGGGCUGCCUUCCCCUGUGGACAAUAGCACUAGAGUUGGCUUUCUUGGUCAUCUUCUUCUUUUUCACCUCCUAUGACACUUCUUCACAGGAUCCGAAGGAGCUCAUGGGGAUCUAUCGAGUCCUCCAGGAUGUGACCAUCAUGGCUGCCCUUGGCUUUGGCUUCCUCAACUCAUCUUUGCGGAGAUAUGGCUGGAGCAGUGUGGCCUUCAACCUCUUUUUGCUGGCCCUGGGGGUGCAGUGGGCAGUCCUGAUGGAUGGCUUCCUGGAAUGGUCCUUCUAUAAGAAGGUGAUCAUCAAACUGUCCAGUAUUAAGCUGGCUACCAUGAGUGCCAUGUCUGUGCUCAUCUCAGUGGGUGCCGUUCUGGGGAAGGCCAACCUGUUGCAGUUGACUGUGAUGGCACUGGUGGAGGUGACGGCCUUUGUCACCGUGAGGAUGGUUGACAGGAAGUACCUCGGGACGGACAACCACACCAGCAUGAUGUACAUCCACGUGUUUGCAACCUAUUUUGGGCUGAUGGUGACCUGGUGCCUCUCGAGGUCUCCGCCUAUUGCAGUGCUGGUAGAGAAGCAUCAGACUACAAAGAACUCCAGUUUGUUUACCAUGCUGGGAACCCUCUUCUUGUGGAUAUUCUGGCCAAGUUUCAACUCUGCUCUGCUGGACAUACCAAAUGAAAGGAAGACUGCUGUGUUCAACACCUACUAUGCUCUUGCAGUCAGCGCGGUGACAGCCAUCUCAGUGUCAGCCUUGAGUCACCCCCGAGGGAAGAUCAACAUGACUCAUAUCCACAACGCGGUGCUGGCUGGAGGUGUGGCCGUGGGUGCUUCGUGUCAUGUGAUCACUACUCCUUGGCUUGCCAUGGUGCUGGGCUUUAUGGCUGGACUGAUCUCCAUCGGGGGAGCCCUGUGCCUACGGGCUUAUUUUAACCGCGUGCUGGAUGUCCACGACACCUGCGGCGUGCACUACACCUUUGGCUUGCCAGGUCUGCUCGGAGGGAUCGUCUACAUUCUGCUGACGUUCUAUGAGGUCACCUGGACCAAGAAUAACAUGGUCUUCUUUCAGUUGCUCAUUGACGCUGGGGUACUCAGCUUGGCCAUGGCUUCAGGUCUGAUAGCUGGUAUUUUGACAGGUUUGGUCUUAAGUCUCAAAAUAUGGAAGGCGGCUCAUGUGACUAAAUAUUUUGAUGACCAAGCCUCCUGGGAGUUUCCACACUUGGCUGUUGGAUUUUAAGCCAAAGCAUCCAAGAAAAACAAGGCCUGAGAAUGAGACAAC